AUGGGAAACUGUAUUGUCAAAGAACCCUCCACAGAAUGGGGAGGGGAUGAUUGGGGCUCUCUCUCGACGUUGCCAUCAGAGGCCCAAAAAACCGUGUUCUCUGGUGGGGCUGGCCAAGACAACAACAGGCUGUAUAUGAAGAAGAAGCCAACAAAGAUGGAGGGACAGAGUUCUCUUAGAGGGAAGCAGGAGGCUAAAUCUUUUCCUUCGUCUACCACAGCAGGGACAGAGGUGAAGAUCAAGAUCACGAAGAAGCAGUUGGAGGAACUUCUGAGUAAGGUGGAUGUGCAGGGGAAACCGGUGAAAGAGGUUUUAACACAGUUGCUCAACAACCUUAGUGAUCAUGGAAAUGAGACGCAUCAUCCAAGCUCCUGGAGGCCUGCCCUGCAAAGCAUACCAGAAGCUGAGGUGUAUUGA